GGAGCUAGGAGAGCCUAGGUCGGCCGCGGGCGGAGGGCGGCGUGUGCCGUCGGGAGGCCAGAGUUUCGAGCCCGCCGGGCUGCGGCUCAGCCGAGGGGCAGGCGGAGUGGGACCCGAUCCGCGAGGCUGCGGGACGCGCGGGAGCGGCGAGGCUCGCGGUCUGAGGGAGACCCAGAGGAAGGAAGGGGACUUUUGGAGGCAGAGGACUUGCUUCAUAUCCAUGCCUUUUCAUAUGCUAAUUCUGUGAGCUGGGAACAUCCACGCAAGAUGUCAGCACUGAGGAUUUGGCUAACACAAGCUUUGUUUAUUUUCCUCACCGCUGAAUCUAUAGGUCAAAUUGUGGAGCCAUGUGGUUAUAUCUACCCCGAGUUUCCUGUUGUCCAGCGUGGCUCUAACUUCACUGCCAUCUGUGUGCUGAAGGAAAAGUGUCUUGAGCAGUUCUAUGCAAAUGCUAGUUUCAUCGUGUGGAAGACAGACCAUGCCGCUGUUCCCAAGGAGCAGGUCACCGUCAUCAACAGAACCACGUCUAGUGUCACCUUCACAGACAUGAACCUCCAGACGGUCCAGCUCACCUGCAAUGUCCUGUCAUUUGGACAGAUCGAGCAGAACGUGUAUGGAACCACUGUACUUUCCGGCUUUCCCCCAGAUAUUCCUACAAAUUUGAGUUGCAUUGUGAAUGAGGGGAAGAAUAUGCUGUGUCAGUGGGACCCAGGAAGGGAGACAUUCCUGGAAACAAACUACACUUUGAAAUCUGAGUGGGCAACAGAGAAGUUUCCUGAUUGUCAAACAAAACAUGGCUCCUCAUGCAUGGUUAGCUAUAUUCCUAUCUAUUUUGUCAACAUUGAAGUCUGGGUAGAAGCAGAAAAUGCCCUCGGAAAGGUCUCGUCGGAGGCUAUCAAUUUUGAUCCCGUGGAUAAAGUGAAACCCAGCCCACCACAUAAUUUAUCAGUGAGCAACUCAGAGGAAUUAUCCAGUAUAUUAAAGUUAACAUGGAUCAAUUCAGGUUUUAGCAGUUCAUUAAGGCUAAAAUCCGACAUUCAAUAUAGGACCAAAGAUGCCUCAACUUGGAUCCAGGUCCCUCUUGAAGAUACAGCAUCUCCCCGAACAUCGUUCACUAUCCAGGACCUUAAACCUUUCACAGAGUAUGUGUUUAGGAUUCGCUGUAUAAAGGAAGAUGGCAAAGGCUACUGGAGUGACUGGAGUGAGGAGUCAAGUGGGAUCACAUAUGAAGACAGACCAUCCAAACCACCAAGUUUCUGGUAUAAGAUAAAUUCAUCGCAUACCCAGGAACCUAGAUCUGCACGGCUCAUAUGGAAGGAAUUACCUCUUUCUGAAGCCAAUGGAAAAAUCUUGGAUUAUGAAGUGAUUCUUACACAGUGGAAAUCAUUUUCACAAAAUUACACAGUUAAUAGUACAGAAUUGAUAGUAAAUCUCACAAAUAAUCGCUAUAUAGCAUCUCUAACAGCGAGAAAUAUGGUUGGCAAAUCAAGUGCAGCUGUCCUCACCAUCCCCAGCUCCCACUUCAAAGCAUCUCACCCUGUAGUGGAUCUUAAAGCAUUUCCCAAAGAUAAUAACCUCUGGGUAGAAUGGACUCCUCCACCUAAACUUGUGAAGAAAUACAUAAUCGAGUGGUGUGUGUUGUCAGAAAACUCACCCUGUGUCCCAGAUUGGCAGCAAGAACUUGGCAACGUGACGCAAACCUAUCUAAGAGGAAGCCUUCUGGAGAGCAAAUGCUAUCUGAUCACUGUGACUCCGGUGUUUUCCAGUGGCCCCGGAAGUGCCGAGUCAGUAAAGGCCUACCUCAAACAAGCUGCUCCUGCUAGAGGACCUACUGUCCGGACAAAGAAAGUGGGGAAAAAUGAAGCUGUCUUAGAAUGGGACCAGCUUCCUGUUGAUGACCAGAAUGGAUUUAUUAGAAACUACUCUAUAUCUUACAGAACCACUGUUGGAAGUGAAAUUGUUGUGAAUGUGGAUUCUUCCCACACGGAAUAUACACUGUCCUCUUUGAGUAGUGAUACGUUGUACAUGGUACGAAUGGCAGCGUACACAGAUGAAGGCGGGAAAGACGGUCCAGAAUUCACUUUUACAACACCAAAGUUUGCUCAAGGAGAAAUAGAAGCCAUAGUGGUGCCUGUGUGCUUAGCGUUCCUCUUGACAACUCUUCUGGGAGUCCUGUUCUGCUUUAAUAAGCGAGACCUAAUUAAAAAACAUAUCUGGCCAAAUGUUCCAGAUCCUUCAAAGAGUCAUAUUGCUCAGUGGUCACCUCACACACCUCCAAGGCACAAUUUUAGCUCCAAAGAUCAUAUGUAUUCAGAAGGCAAUUUCACUGAUGUGAGCGUUGUGGAAAUAGAAGCAAACAAUAAAAAGCCUUGUCCAGAUGAUCUGAAGUCAUUGGACCUAUUCAAGAAGGAAAAAAUAAGUACGGAAGGUCACAGCAGUGGCAUUGGGGGUUCUUCAUGCAUGUCGUCUUCCAGGCCCAGCAUCUCUAGCAAUGAGGAAAAUGAGUCUUCUCAGAACACCGCGAGCACUGUCCAGUACUCCACUGUGGUGCACAGUGGCUACAGGCACCAGGUCCCCUCAGUGCAGGUCUUCUCCAGGUCCGAGUCCACCCAGCCCCUGUUAGACUCCGAGGAGCGGCCAGAGGACCUGCAGUUGGCAGAUAGUGUUGACAGCGGGGAUGAGAUUUUGCCCAGACAACAGUAUUUCAAACAGAACUGCGGUCAGCCUGAGGCCAGUCCAGAUAUUUCACAUUUUGAAAGGUCAAACCAAGCCUCGUCGGGCAGUGAGGAAGAUUUUCUCAGACUGAAACAGCAGCGGGUGUCAGAGCUCAUCUCAGAGCCCUGUGGGUCUGCGCAGCGGGGGCUGUUUCAGGAAGGCCCUGCAGAUGCUCUUGGCGCAGGGACUGGGGGGCAGGUAGAGGGAUUUGAAUCAGCUGGAAUGGAGACAGCAAUGGAUGACGAAAUCCCUAAAAGCUACUUGCCACAGACUGUAAGACAAGGUGGUUACAUGCCACAGUGAAAGACUGGCUCCUGCCCAGCUUCAGUGGGACCUGUAAGGGAAAGCUAGAACACUCGCCUGUGACUUCAGAUGAAAUAAUCAUCGCCCUCAAGGACAAAGUCACAACUGGGCCAUCUCUAUUCCAGGUUAUCUGGGAUUCUCCUUCAAGCACUACAUGAACUGACUUUAUCCUCUGAAUAGCUGAAGGACUCUGUGCUGUUUCAGGACGUUUGCACUGAGAUUUGUAAAGCUCUUUGUUUAGCUGCAUAGAAAGUGGGGAAUUCAAAUGAGCCACGGUGCCAUGUGGCUGCGCCGCUCUAAUGAGACUAGCCAUCCAAACCGCAGGAGCAAGGGUCUAGACCCUCCUCAGCCAGCAGUGCCAUAGGGCUGCCUGUCCAGAUUUUGUCAUUUGGCCAAAGAGAUGGUUAGGGCAGGUUCAUUUCUGGUUCUACCAAUUAGAAAAUACUGGCUUGCUCCCUGCUGUUUUUACCAAUGUUACCAGUUGUUACUGAGGAAAAGGAUGAACUUUUAAAAUGAACUAUGUAAAAGUACCCAUUUUCUUAAUAUUACCCAAAACCUCACAAAAAUCUGCUCAUUGAUAACUUCUUUCAAAGCUAGUUUCAGCAGCCCUAUAGAAGGCACCAAUAAGGGUGGGCAAUGAACACCAUAAACUAUCUCAAGCAUUUAAAUAUCACUGUUUAAGUUGGGGACACUUUUCUGGACACAAACACCAGGACAGAUGGCUCCAACGUUUGGUUGAGGAGACACUUUAUAUACUGUUUCUUCAGCUUAAAAUUAUUCCAGUUGACUCCACCUUGCUUUGUUUUCAAGGACAGCAAGGAGGCAUUCACUGAAAGGCAGCCUUCAUCACGGCCACAGGCAGAAUCCCAGAACACACACUGAUCUCAGUAUCCACCACAGCGGUAGAGGUCCUUGUACAGAGCUCAAGGAGCCGCAGGGUCUUGUAAAGUUUACUGGGUGGGGAUUGAACCCAUGGCCUUGUACUUGCUGGAUACUCACUCACUCUACCACUGAGCUACCCACCCACACAUCUCAUUAUGUUGUUUAGGCUCAAGUGAUCCUCCUGUCCCAGCUUCCUGAGUGUCUGGGACUUUGGGUGUGUGCAGGCACACCCAACAGAAGAUGGUGUUGUUCAUAUCUGCCAUUUCUGAGGUAGAGUUUUACAUGCAGCUUGGGAGUAUCUUAAACUUGGUCCUCCUGGUUGCUUUGUUAUUGAACAAUCCAGGUAUCCGGGGCUUAGUACUAAAGCCAUUAAUGCAUUUGUGCCUAACUUUCCAGUGUGACAUGGAGGCAGGGGCUUCUCCAUUAGUGGCUGAUUACCACCAAGUGUGCUCACGGGAAAGUUUUAAAGUUUGAGAGCAUGGGCACACUUUAAUAGUUCAUGGAGGUUACCAAACAAAAGGCUAUGAAGAAUGAUACUCAUUAGGUUGGAUGCAGUUUUACCUUUUACUCUAAGAAUGUUGUUUAUAUUAGACUUAUUGAUAUAUAUUACCAUCUAUAUUUUUAUAAUAGCUGAUACUUUUCUGAUUUCCUUCACAUGUAUAACCGUCGUGAGACAGUAGACACUUCUGUCCUCAUAAUAUUCAGUUGCCAACUUGGCAAAACCAACCUGAUACUGGGAAAAUGGCAGAACUGAAGGUAGAUAAUCAAAGUCAGGCUCAGAGAGGUCAGGUGGGGUUCAAGACCAGAAUUCACACUACAGGGCAAUGACAUCAUCACCAUUCAAGCUGGACAUCAAUGUCUGGUCUGGGGCAGGACUGAAUUUUCUAUGUAUAUAUGCCAAGAAAUGAACACUUGCUGUAUUUUCCAUUUUCUCACCGAAGGUAGCCUAGUCAUAUUGCUGUAUUCGUGUUUAGCUGCAACCUUCCUCCUGUCUAGUACAUUGGAGCGUGAAGUCUACACGGGGGGUGGCGGUGAUUAUCCAGCGUAAGUUCAUGAGUGAGCAUGAGAGAUCAUUGAAGGACGAGCCUCAAUGAAGCAAGUUUGCAUGUUGACUUCCAAACAGAAACUAUCCCAGUGAGCCAGUGCCCCCACCGACAGAGACGGUUGUGGGACUACUGCAUGAGAGCUCAUUCGGGAAAUGUCUAAUGGAUCAGCUUUGCCCCAAGAGAGAACCAGUCAUAAAACUCGAUUUAAAUGUAGACUUCGCUGCAGCAUGUUUUAGAAUAAUCUGAGUGCAUGUACCUUGUAUUUUAGAUAGGCAAAGAAACUAAUCUGGCUUCUUUAUGUAAAACCAGUCUAAUAAAGCUAGUUGUGUAGUUA